AAAUGUUAAAAACCUAAAAUUGACUUAGUUCAUCAAUUUUUAUUUGGACAUUUGACCGACGUUACUAUGCUGGAUUUUAAGAUUUCCCUGACUUUUAUAUUCAUUGGAUUAACGGUGGCAGAGCCGCAAUGGCAUAACAGUUCCGAUGGCAAACAUUAUUUGAUAGAAGGGGAAGCCAAAUAUAAUUGGUUUAGGGCAAAACAUGAGUGCUCUCGCAGAGAUUUGCAAUUGGUGGAAAUUCAUACUGAAACCGAAAAUCAAGCUUUGGUGCAGCUUUUGAGAUCGAUCUUUGGUACCUCCACCAGCCUUUGGCUGGGGGCCAACGAUCUCUUCAGUCCCGAUAUGGAUACCAAGCGUCCUUUCUAUUGGUCUUCGUCAGGCAAACCCAUGACCUUCAGCUAUUGGCUUCAAGGUGAACCCAACAAUGAACGCAAUCAAGAACACUGUGUCCAUACAUUUGCCUUUGAACCUGAUUUCAAAUGGAAUGAUGUCUCCUGCUCCAAUCAGUAUGGCUUCAUAUGCGAAGAGAAAAAUGCCCAUGUCGAGUAUCGUUCGUCUUUAAAUGAAAAACGUGACGCUGUUCUAAAGGCCAUGAAAAAAUUCGCCGACUCAUUGCAACAAGAGGAUGAAAAACUUCUUGACGUUGUACACCAUACUCGAAGUCUAAUUACAAAGAACAACCAAGAUGUUGAGGCAUUCUUGAAAAUGUUAAACAGCAGCAACAACAAAUCAGACGCCUCCCAUGAUUCGGAUGCCAGCGAUAAUGACAAAGAGUCCCAAACCGGCCAAGAGAAUAACAAGAAUAACCGUGAGGAAGAAAGUCAAUUUAGCCCCGAAACAAAUCAAAUGAUUUCCGAGCUCAAUGACGAAUUAGAGCGUUCCACCGAAGAAGUCUAUAAGAAAUUAUUGCAACAAUUUGAUGAAGUUCAGAGGGCAAUUGAAGAGGGCCUUAAAAAUGAUUCAGAGUAAUUAAAUAGAAAAUCUUAAAAUAAGACAUUUGACAUGGCAAAACCGAUUUAAUAAAUUACAAAUAAUUUUA